CGACCAUCUCCCGAUCGCAUCACCGUCUGCCUCUUUCAUUUGCAUAGAUCGCACGUAGCAUCCAGCCCUAUCUUUCCCCGAAGCACGGAAAUCGGGACGACAAGGCGAAAUCUUGAAACACUCGCACGAGCUAGAACCAGCACAUACGCACACAGUAAACAGGAUGUCGGCUAUCGAAUCACAAUAUGCGUUCCGAGCGCAAAAGACCAUCGGGCUCGUAAACGGAGACCCCUCUUACGCACCCUCCGAAGACUUGCCAUCGGAGGCCGUCUCAGCAAAGACCUUCAAGUAUUCACCUACGGGUCGACAGUUCGCUUAUGUCCAUGGAUCUACAAUAAACGUCAUCGCCCUCUCCUCCACUUCCUCCUCUACCUCCUCGGCUUCUCUUAAACGGUCCUUCGAAGUCCCCAACGUGAUCGACCUGGCCUUCUCCCCGCUCGGAUCCUACCUCUUUACUUGGGAACGGAUGAUCAAGGUCGACGACGGUCAGGCGGGGCAUAAGAACCUGAAGGUCUGGUUCCUGGGCAAGGAGAACAGGAUGGGGGUCGAAGGUGGGGGUCUGAGUGUGGAAGAGGUCAGGGAGGUAGCUGGAUUUGGGCAGAAGAGUUAUGAUCAGUGGCAACCUAUGGUCACCGACGACGAAUCCCACCUCAUCCGACUCUCCGGUCCAUCUGAGAUCUCCAUCUUCUCCCUAACCCCACCUACCUCUCUUAACCCCCUCCCUCCCAAAUCCGAGUCCGACCCUUCAAGCGAUCUCCGAGCGACCUCGGAAGCUCUCGGUCUUUACACCCCCGUCAGCAAGGUUCGUUCAGAGAGUACCAUCCGCGGGCUCUUCCUCGGCCCUUCGAAACGCUUCGGAACGGGCGCGGCGGAUGUAGACCCCCUCGCUGGGGGUCUGGGGGUCUGGGUGGGAGAAUACAAGGGACAGCCGGCGAGCGUGAACCUUUAUACGUUGAGGUCCCUCAGGGAUGUCGGGAAUGGGGCGUUGCCGGUAACUCAGGCGAGGAAGAGUUUCUUCAAGGGUGACAAGGUCGUCUUGAAGUGGAACAAGGUCGGGUCGAUGGGCCUGUUCUUGACCACCUCGGACGUGGACAAUUCGGGCAAGUCGUAUUACGGAGAGACCAACUUGUAUCUCGUCGGUCUGAACGGACAGUUCGAGUGCAAGGUCGCUCUCGACAAGGAAGGGCCGAUCCAUGACUACGCUUGGAACCCGAAUUCCAGGGAAUUUAGCGUUUGUUACGGAUACAUGCCCGCCCGGACGGUCCUCUUUGACCUCAAGGCCAACCCGAUCCACUCGUUCGAACCCAAGCCUCGAAACUUUAUCGCCUACCAACCUCAGGGCCGAUUGUUCCUCAACGCCGGGUUUGGGAAUCUGACAGGGACGAUCGAUGUCUGGGACUUGAAGUCGAGGAAAAAGGUUUCCGAGUUCCAGGCGCCGAACUCGACGACGUGCGAGUGGAGCCCGGAUGGGAGGUACAUCUUGACGGGCACUUUGAGUCCCCGGUUGAGAGUCGAUAAUGGAGUCAAGGUGUGGUGGUGUACGGGGAAACUUUUGCACGUACAGAUGGUCGAGGAGCUUUACCAGACCUCGUGGCGACCCGGAUCGGUCGAUUCGUUCCCUGCUUUCCCGCUCGAGAUGCCCGCGGCCCCUGCGCCGCAUACGAGCGUUGCUCAGUUCACGCCUGCCAACAAGACAACGGACGAGUCGAGCAAGCCCGUCGGUGCCUACCGACCACCGGGCGCCAGGGGUACUGCCACGCCAUCGAUCUACAAGCGGGAAGAUGAAGGUGGAGCCGCGGUCAUGCCCUCUGCUAACGGGUCUGGAGCGAUCUACGUCCCGGGAACCAGGACACCCCGGUCGAGAAACAUUCCUGGCGCUCCCCCAGGUGCAGCCAAACCUAACGGGAAUGAGGGCAAGGGCAAGAAGAACAAGAAGAACGGCGCAGCUACCGGUGGAAACGCUACGCCAGCCGCUUCUGCCCCUUCGACCCCGGCCGUCGAGGUACCGCCUCCUAUCGCUGAUGGGGACGCCGACGCUACGCAAAAGAAGAUCCGAAACCUGAACAAAAAGCUCAAGGCCAUCGUCGACCUCAAGGAGCGCAAGGCCAAGGGAGAGGUUCUCGAAGCCACUCAGCUCAAAAAGAUCGAAGGCGAGACUGCCAUUUUACAAGAACUCAAGACGCUCGAAAGCAGUCUUAAAAAGUAACAAGGACGCUCGGAUCUCCUGCCUCUUUGCAUGCGCCACCUCUAUCCUCCAACAUUCCUUUCCAGCUUCUCUCUUUGAUUCUCUCGCAUCUCAACCUCUCUUCACGAGCAUCAUUAUCAUCGACCUUUGACGACGUCUGGUUCCACUUUGCAUUCUUCACGGAUCCUUCCCGAAGGGGAGCAAAUCCAUCCGAUCAGUAAAAACAAGAAUCGUACAGCUAGCGCGCAUCGUCCUUCUUUUUCUUGUAGCAAGACUUUGUAUUAGGGCUGUGUGUGACGCUGUUGAUGACGACGCAUUGAUGUCGAUACCACGUAGUCCCUCACGGACCACGUCUUGGCUGAGUGGAAACUAGAACAGGA